AUGGUUAACAAGAUUGUUGCCCUUCUGGCGCUGACUACCCCGGCGUUUGCGGGUGUCGCCCAUUGGAAAGAACCCCACUGGAAGGAGCCUCACGACAAGGAACCUCACUCGGUAAGCCCAGGUGGUCAGCUUCGACCUGCCCAAACCACCACCUACACAACCACCACAUGCCCGGUCACCUCGACUGUCGUGACUUCCGGAACCAAGACCCUGACAGUCCCCAUCACCUUGACCAACACUGUCACGAUCACCACGACCUACUGUGAGGACGAGACCAGGCCACCUGUCCACCCGACUGCGCCCACCACUGGGAAGCCUGCUCCCCCUGUCACUGGCAACCCAGGUCCGACUGGCACCCCAGCCCCAACUGGAAAGCCUGUUCCCACUGGCAAGCCCACUCCUAUACCCACUGGCAAACCUCGUCCUGUUCCAACAGGCCCCGUGAACAACGGCACCGCGCCGCCCAACCCUCCGUUCCAGAACAGCACUUCGCCGCCUCUUAUUCCGACUACGAGACCCGUUCCCGUGCCUCCUGGCUCCUCCCCAGCUCCGGUCCCUGUUCCUGUUCCGGUUCCCAGCCCUGGUCAACCCGAACAGCCUGGUACCCCUGCCGCCCCCGGAGGGUCCGCCACUCCCAGCAUUCCUGGCCAGCCUGGUACCCCUGCUGCCCCUGGAGGAUCUGGACACCCCGUCACACCUGGCCAGCCUGGUCAGUCUAGUCAGCCUGGUCAACCUGGUAAGCCCGGACUACCUGGUCAGCCUGGACAAUCUGGCCAGCCUGGUCAACCCGGUCAGCCUGGACAAUCUGGCCAGCCUGGUCAACCCGGUCAGCCUGGACAAUCUGGCCAGCCUGGUCAACCCGGUCAGCCUGGACAAUCUGGCCAGCCUGGUCAACCCGGUCAGCCUGGUCAACCCGGUCCGUCUGGUACUCCUGCUGCCCCUGGAGGAUCUAGCAAUCCCGUCAUUCCUGGGAAGCCUGGUACCCCUGGUGCUUCCGGGGUCCCUAGUACUCCCAGUGCUCCUGGUGCUUCUGGUACUCCUGGUGUUCCCGGCGCCCCUCAUGCUUCCAGUACUCCUAGCGUUCCUACUGCUCCUGGUGCUUCCGGUACUCCUGAAGCUCCCGCCCAACCUGGCAAGCCCGACCAGCCCGGUAAGCCUGGCCAUCCCGGCGAGGUUUCUCCUGAAGCUCCCCCAACUGGUGUCUCCCCCGCACGCCCAGAUUUCACCGGCUCCGCCGAUAACGUCCGCCCCGCCGCUGGCCUCCUUAUUGGCCUUAUGACAAUCAUGGCUCUCCUCUAG